ACCUAAGUGAUAGCGAGGUUGCCACGAACUCUAUAAAAACUGGGAAAUCAAAGCCGAGAAACUCCACCUCGCUGUCCCGAGCCGCAGGCACAACCCCUGAAGAGAAACCCACCCCACGAGUGAGUGAUCUCAAAGGCUCUGGAACUCCAGGCAGGCUGCAUGAGCUCAGCGCUGCUGCGGGGCUGAGGAGCGGCGCUCCCCGCCCGGAUCCCCGCACCGCCAGCGGGGAGAGAUUUUGGGGAACCCUCCCAGCCAUGAAGUGGAGGCAGCUCCUCCGCAUCGCCGUGUGCCUGCUGGAGCUGGCCGGCUGCGCUGCCGGGAGCUCCACGGACACCCCCAGCCCGACAGCCACGGCCGUGGGGGCCAGGGACAGCAGCAGGGGGACAGCCAGCACGGCCACCGCUGCCACCACCACCACGGGACACACCAGCAGUGCCAGGACAACCUCUGCUGAAGCCGCGGCCGGGCCCGUGGCCACCAGCCCGACAUCAGCAGAGCUCCUGGGGCAGCUGAGGACCAGCACGGAGCCCAGCCCGGGCCCCGCAUCGCCACCGGGCUCCUCCCGGGAGCCGCCCGGGAGCGCAGCCCCCAGCCCGGGGGUGCCCGCAGCCCCCAGCCCGGGGGUCCCCACCGCCCGCAGCCCCCCGGCACAGCCCGGGGACGGGGACAGCACCCACACCGCGGCCCCCACUGCGCCCAGGACCGGCCCCGCGGCCACCCCGGAGCGUCCCGCGGUGCCCGCGGCCACCAGCGCCCCGCACACGGCCAGCGACAGCCCCGAGCGUCCCCUCGCAGCCAUCGGGUGUCACCGGGCCAGGGAUGAGGGGGACACCGCAGCCGUCUGCCUGCAGCUCAGCGAGCCCAGCACCUGCGAACUCUUUUUAGAGAGGAAGGGAUCGGAUUUGUGGCAAGCAAUGUGUGAAAACAGAACCCACACCGUGGCCUCCCCCUGCGAGAUCAAACUCACUCCGUCCAGCCUGGACGGGGACUGUUUGCUCCUCAUCCUCAGAGGAGAGAAAGAUCCUGACAAACUCCUGAAUGCACUCCAGAAGUCUCACUGGGAAAAGCUUGGAAUAGAAUCCCUGAAAAAGGAGAGCGCCAGGAGCCACCGGGACCCUUCUCAGAGGACCCUGAUCGCCCUGGUCACAUCUGGGCUGCUGCUGGCCUUCCUGGGGCUGGCUGGCUACUUCCUGAUGAGGCGGCGCAGCUGGAGCCCCGCGGGGGAGAGGCUGGCUGAGGACCCCUACUACACGGAGAGCGGCAGCCAGGGGAACACCCUGCUGAUGACGCCGUCCCAGGAGCCGGGAGAGCUGCAGGAGAAGCCGAACCUCAACGGGGGAGCCCAGGAGAACGGGACGGGCCAGGCGGGCUCCGGGAAGGGCCCCUCGGGCCGGCAGCGCGACACCGAGAUGUGACCGCGGAGCCCCGGGGGAGCGGGCGGGGCAGGGGAGCGCUGCGGACAGGGGAUUGAGAAUUGCAGACCUUCUGUAUGGUUAUUAUUGUCUCCGUGGAGCACUUCGAAAUCAGCCUAAAGCACACUGAGGGUCGGAGCUGGCAAAGAGCAGCUUCUCCUCCUCCUCCUCCUCCUCCUCCUCCUCUCCUCCUGCAGCUGUUCUCUGCUUUUGUUGUUAGAGGAACAUCAGGACAAACUCAAGUGCCCUUAGCCCUCCACGGCCUCCAAGCAGGGCUCCGAGCAGCCCGGGUUUCUGGCAGCAAGAUGUUAGGCUGACUGAAGCAGUUAAAUCGGGAUUGCAGUGACAAAAACCUCUCAGGUUUCAGAUAGUUUUGGUUAACGGAGUUUUUUAUAAUCUCAUCUUUAUGUUUAAGUGCAGGAUUUCUUCCUCCUCUGAGGCCAUCAGGCAUUUUUUAACCCCUUCCUGUGCUUUAGGGCUCCUCUACUGUUUCCUACUCCAGCAGAAUUUGCUGAAGCUCUGUAAAAAGUUUCCACAUGGAAUUGAAGGCUGAAAUGUCAACUUCUUUCUCUUUGAAUCCGACCAGGACUGUGUCCUGAAGUUGUUUUUAGAGGAAAAACCUUCCCCAGCCCCAUCCUGCCGGGGGCUGUGACAGGCAGAGCCAGCAGUUCAUCCCCCCAGUGAGAAGGAGAGCACGGGGCAGGGCUGGGGGGCUCUGGGGGUCUCUGGGGGUGUCUGGGGGUGGCCGGGGCUGGGACCCCCUCCCUGCUGGCACCUGGGGCAGGAAUUUGGGCACAAGAGGUGCCAGAGGGCUCCCAGAGGGAGGAGUGGGAGGCAAACCCAGCUCUGCAAGGGGCAGAGCUCUCUCUGCACCAGCAGCAGGGACAAGAACCAGGAGCAGGGGUUUCACCCGGGGAAUACCAAACCCAGCAGCAGCAGCAGGAGCAGGUCUGAGCCCUCUGUGCUGGUCCUGCUCCCGAGGAAAGCGCUGCUGGAGCCACAUCGAGCCCCCGGCAGCUCGGUGGGAGCCAGGGCAGGUUUGUUCCCCAUCCCAAGUGCAUUUUUAGGGAGCCAAAGCCCUGAUUGUGCCAGCCCCGCGCUGCUGGUGCCACCACCAGCAGCGACCUCCACACCCAAAAUGAGCCCCAAAACGGCCCUUGAAGCUGAUCUAUCCUCUCACGAGUGAAUUCAUCCUUCUCUCAGUGCUGAACACCGGAGGGAAAGGGUUGUUUUUUUUUUUCUGGUACAGUGCUCAAAGCAGUGACAGCAGCAUCCAUCACCACCUGGGGCUGUUUGUUGUGGGUGCAAGAGUCGCUCAAACACAAUUAAAAUAUUCCAGGCUGUUUGCUUUGGUGUGAAUUGCUUCUCCCAGACCUCAUUGUAAAUAAUCCCGGUUGAAAAAGAAAAAUAAUUAAGUCCUAAAAAGCG